AUGUGCUGCUCAACCAAAGUGCUGCUCGCCGUCGUUGGCUGGCUAUCGGCGGUGGCCGCGGCCGCCCACUGGGACCAUGCGGUCGAUCUGGAUGAAAACUACCGGCUGCUGUGGAGCCUCAGCAAUCAGGACAUCACGUUCGAAGUGCAGGCUCGCACGCAGGGCUACGUCGGGCUUGGAUUCUCCACCGACGGAACCAUCUACGGUGCCGACAUCGUCAUCGGAUGGGUCGACAACGGCCAGGUCCACUUCCAGGACCGGCACUUUAAGCAGAACAGUAACGGCGAGCCGCACGUGGACCCAUCGCAGGACUACGUGCUGUUGCUCGGGUACGAGAAUGCAACCCACACGGUGCUGCGGUUCCGCCGGAAGCUCGAUACGUGCGACAUGGCGCAAGAUGUCCCGAUUACGAAUGACACCAUCCGGAUCAUCUACAUGUACCACAACAGCGAGCCGCUGAACGGUGCCCAGAGUAUUGGUGCCCUGCCGGAUCCGACGGAAGCGUUCAAGGACUCGGUACCGAUCUUUCUGACGCAACGCGUCAAUCAGGUUCCGAUUGAGCUAGACUCUCGCACUCGUACACUCGAGCUGCGUAACAAAAACGUGCCAAUUCCGCAGACCGACGACAAUCUGCGCUGGUGCACGAUGUUCAAGCUUGAUCAGUUUGCCCGCAAACAUCACAUGAUUCGGUAUGAACCGGUGAUCGAGUCGCGCUCGACGAUCCCACACCUGCGGCAUAUCGUGCUGUAUGAGUGCCAGGGUUCGACACCCGAGCUCGAGAUCAUGUCCCGGGAGUUUGGCCGAUCUUGCAUGCAAGCCGAGAAGGAGCUGCUGACGUGCAACUCGAUCGUGGCAGCGUGGUCACGAGGAUCCGAGGGCUUCACGUAUCCGUUGGAGGCGGGAUAUCCACUCGACUCGUACCAGGCACGUUUCUACAUGAUGGAGACGCACUACGCCGGCUUCCAGAGCAACUCCGUUGACCUGACGCCGCGUGUCGACAACUCAGGCCUGCGGCUGUACUACACGACGACGCUGCGUAAGCACGAUGCGGGCGUCCUUUCCGUCGGCAUGCAGCCCAACUGGCGCCAUAUCAUCCCACCUGGUCAGGAUCGGGUGCUGUCCGAGGGCCACUGUAUCGAGGAGUGUACUCAACGGGCGUUCCCGCGACCAGGCAUCAACAUCUUCGCUGUGAUGAUGCAGACAAACGGCAUGGGUCGGCAGAUACGCCUACGGCAGGUGCGUCAUCGUGAGGAGCUGACACCGAUCGCGCAUGAUGCAAACGUGGAUGCAAACUACCAGGAGUACCGGCGUUUGCAUGCACCUGUGAAGGCGCUACCGGGCGAUCGGUUGAUCGCGGAAUGCACCUACGACAGCACUGGCAGGAAGCAGAUCGCACUCGGUGGCUACUCAUCCCGAGAUGAGACCUGUCUCGUGCUGAGUCUGUACUAUCCCCGUCAGAAGGAGCUCACGUCCUGUCACUCGAUCCCGAGUCUACCGACGGUGCUGCGAGCGGUCGGUAUCAACGAGCUAGCGGCCGGAACCAACCCAAUCCGGAUCGCAUCACCACCCGAGAUCGCCGGCAUGACGCUUGAGGAACGCCUGCUCACGUACGACUGGCGAGUCAACUUCAACGACUUCCAGUACGUCGUUCGGAAGGGUGCUUUCAAGCCGCUCUGCUGGAGUGCCCGUAAUACGCCCAUCCCGGGCACGGAUAAUGUGGAUGCGUACGCACCGAACCUGACGAAAAUCUGGCGUCCGAUGCCGACGUGCAGCUUCAGCGGUGUUAACACCCACGGGACCGGAAACGGUGCCCUCAACCACGGCUACAAUAGCGUGAAUCGGUUCGUGACUGAGCGUGACAUUAGCCUCGACCGACCGCCAGAGGACGACGAGGACGAGCGGUUCAACGUGAUCGAGGGUGCGGCUCGUAGCAAAUCGAUCCGCAGUUCUGCCUCAUCUGCGAGUCUCGCCAGUGGGCUGACGGUGGCCGUCUCGCGGUUGCUGCUCUUCGUGAUCUUCCUCAACACCGUCAGGUUACUAUGA